AUGAACGUGAUGCAACUCAUCGUCCUAUCCUUCUCUUCCCACUUACCCAUCAAAGGCAGCGACGAGUCUGCAGACACUCUGGCGCAGGCAGUACCGGCAGCGGAGCAGAAGGCUGACAAGGGCUGUGCGGCAGCUUGCUGUCGGUGUCGCCCUCUCGCAGUGCUGGGGAGGCUGCUCGCGGGCCUGGUGGUGGCGUCCUGCCUGGCGGCCUCCUGGGCGGGCAUGACGCAGCUGGCGAAGGCGGCGCUGCGGGACUUUGAGUCUCCCUUCUUCAUGGCCUGGCACUCGGCCAGCUGGAACCUUCUGCUGUUCCCCGGCUACUGCUCUGGCCGCCUGCUGACCUUCAGCGAGAGGAGAUCGCCGCUCAAGCACUUCAGUGAAUGUGGUCAUUUUCUCAGUGAGGAUGCUUUCUUGCUCAGGAGACUCCUUAAACAGACGGCCCCUUUCUCCAUCCUUUGGACGCUAACUAACUACCUGUACCUGAUGGCACUGAGGAACAUCAGUGCCACGGACGCCUCUGCCCUUUUCUGCUGCAACAAAGCUUUUGUCUUCCUGCUCUCCUGGAUCGUGCUGAAGGACAGGUUCAUGGGCGUCCGGAUCGUGGCUGUGAUCCUUUCCAUUGCCGGGAUCGUGCUGAUCGCUUACGCCGAUGGUUUCUGCCGCGAUUCCAUCGUGGGAGUGGCGCUGGUUGUGGGAUCAGCGUCCACUUCCGCUCUGUAUAAGGUCCUGUUUAAGCUCCUGCUUGGCAGUGUGAGAUGCAGGGAAGUGGCACUCUUCCUGACUGCACUGGGCGCCUUCAACCUCCUCUUCCUCAGUUGGGUCUCCGUCGUCCUGUACACCACCAGGGUGGAACAUUGGCCCUCCACCAGGGACGUGCCCUGGGAUCAACUGUGUGGACUGGCUGCUCUCCUCCUGGUGUUCAACAUCCUUGUCAACUGUGGAGCUGCUGUAACCUUCCCUGCCCUAGUGUCUCUCGGAGUCUUUCUGAGCAUACCUGUGAAUGCUGUCACCGACGUUUACCGUGGCGUAGUGCCGGGCCUUGGCAAUGUGAGGCUGGCUGCCCUGAUUGUUCUUUGCCUCGCCUUCUUGCUGCUGCUGCUGCCAGAGGAGUGGGACUCAAUCGCCGUGGAGCUCCUGACCAAGUUCAGAGGGGAGACGGCAAAGGAGGAGCCAGGGCCCGAAAGCGCUGAGGGUGGGUCGCUGGUGGGGCCGAACCAGAGUGGCCGGAGUGGGCUCCUCGGUCCUUAG